AUGGACUCUCCAAGGCACACAUGCUUGAAACUAGAAGUCCCCAACACCUCCGAACCCGAACAAACCGAAUCCAUCUUCGUUAAAGGCACAUGGUUCGCCUCUCGCUUCCAUCUCUCCAUCACCAACGGCCUCGACGCUUGGAUUUGCAACGGAUCGGAAGAUGAUGUUGGAGAGAGAUCGUAUCAGUGGGACCAACCCGUGUCGGAAUACAUUGAGUUGGCCGAGCGUUAUCUAGGGUUUCAACAGCCCGGUUCGGUUUAUGGGUUCUUCGAUGCUGGAAAUGGGGAUAGAAGAGAGGAAGUUGUAAGUAAAGCCCAAUCAUGUGAGAAGCUAAAAGUGGAGGCUGAAAAGUGUUUGGCACAAAGUGAAAGAUUCAGCAACGAGAAGUUUCUUGGAGUUUUGAAUUCAAAAAAAACAAAACUUAGAGAGCUUCGAGAUAAGCUUUCAAAACAGGAAAGUUCUAGAAAAUUGCCGGAAGAAGAGGAAGAAGAAUCCACUGACAAAACUGAGAUUUAUGGAAGUGAUGAUGAAAAAAGUGAGGAAGAGCCUGCAAAGAAUCUUAUUGGCACUUCAAAGAAUGUUUCAGCAAGUAGGCCUCGCGGUCGCAAGAGGAAGUAA